UUUCAUAAGCUUGUUGGACUCAAGAGACACUUUAAAAAGGAAUGGUCAAAAUAUAAUAAAAGGAGGCUGUAAUAUCCUAUUUUUUCACCCCCAGUUAUAGUAAUAAUUAUACUGCUACUGGUAAUAAUAAUAAUAAUGAUUUUAUUCACAUAGCAACUUUACAAAGAGAGUUUACAAAGUGCUUUAACAAGCAAAACAAGAGCAAAAACGGGAUACACAGACAGCCAGUGUUACUAACCAACAGUUCAACUAAGGUAGAGUUAGGAUGACGUUCAAACAAGAGGACAAAAAAAUGCAAGAUGCAAAAUGUAAAUUUGAAUAAAUACAAAUAAGACUAAAAACAGUAAAAGCGUUAACUUCAAUCUCCAAAAGCACUGAAUCCUACAUUUCCCCUAAAGCCACUGGAUAGCGUGUUUCAUUUAAACCCUCCCUGUUUGGUAAACACCCACGUCUUUCAAACUGCACACCUUCAGUUUGUAACGCUGGCUGGCUGUCGUCAGGUUAUCUCACUUCAGUAUCAAAAUUCAGAUAAUCCUGAUGAAAUCAUCAGGGUUGCGUAAAAUGUCUAAAAUGGGUGGAGUGUGCCUUUAAGCCAGCCACGAGCACUGUAUCUUUUAAUAAUGUUUCAGCACUUGGCUUCCUGCUGAAUGACAUUGUUUCAUUUGUUUGUCAACCACAGUGAGCUGAAGCCCGUCCUCCCUGGCAGAGGAUGGGUACAGCAGAAGCUACUUUGCGCAUGGACAGCAUGGAGGUAAAGGACGAGUGGCAGGAUGAAGACUUCCCAAGGCCACUACCAGAGGAUGGAGACGUUGAUUCUUCAUGUGGCCUCACUGACAUCAGAAACAAUCCGCCAACCACUCUCGAUGUGGGUGAGACCAUGGCCCAGCGUAAGCGCCGCACUCUGGUGGCCCCCGACAUGAGCCUCUCUCUGGAUCAGAGCGAGGGGUCGGUGCUCUCUGAUGAGUUUCUGGAAACGCCCGAUGACCUGGACAUCAACGUAGACGACAUCGAGACUCCUGACGAGACAGAUUCGCUGGAGUUUAUCAACAAUGGCAACGAGCUGGAGUGGGAAGACGACACUCCUGUGGCCACUGCCAAGCGUCUUCCAGGUGAAAGUGAAGAGGAGAGAGACUCAUCUGGUCGUCUGUGGCGAACAGUGAUCAUUGGUGACCAGGAGCAGCGGAUUGAUAUGCAGGUCAUCAGACCAUACCUGAGGGUGGUCACACAUGGAGGUUAUUAUGGAGAGGGUCUGAAUGCCAUCAUAGUGUUUGCAGCCUGCUAUCUGCCUGACAGCAGCUGUGAGGACUACACAUACAUCAUGGAGAAUCUCUUCCUGUACGUUGUGAGCAGCCUGGAGCUGCUGGUGGCAGAAGAUUACAUGAUUAUUUACCUGAACGGAGCAACUCCUCGCAGGAAGAUGCCCGGCAUCAGCUGGCUGAAGAAGUGCUAUCAGAUGAUUGACAGGAAACUGAGAAAGAAUCUAAAGUGUCUCAUCAUCGCUCACCCAACGUGGUUCAUCCGGACCGUCCUGGCCAUCUCAAGACCUUUCAUCAGUGUGAAGUUCAUGGAUAAGAUCCGUUACGUUCACACCUUGGAGGAACUCAGCCAGAUCAUCCCCAUGGAGCAUGUGCAGAUCCCAGAGUGUGUGUUGCAAUAUGAUGAGGAGAAGAUAAGAACACAAAGAGAAAGACUUGAGCAAGAGCAGCAGCAGACAAACUCGACACUGCCUAAAGAAAGGCCAAAGUCAAUGGUAGCAGAUGUUGGUCGUGACAUCUGACAUUAAGAGCUUUAAACUGAAGAACCAAUGGGGGACAUUCAUUCAUUAAAAUGGGAGCCAGCCUAAGCCGCCAUCACAUGCUUGUUGCACAGGGUUAUAUCUCCUGACUGGAUCCAUUAGCUGCAAGACAAUCAUUUCUCAAAAACAUUAUUUUCAUUGAUAUACUUGCUUCUACAAGUUAAUUAACACCAAAGCAUUAUAAGAUUUAACUAAAUCACAAAGUAUCUGCUCCCUGCAUGUCAAGUUGAGCUUUAUCUACAGCAUGACUUCAACUAUAUAAAUGAAAAAUUAAGGACUUGGAUUAACAUUCAGGCAUCUUCCGACAAAGCCGGGGAAUAUUGUCUGUUUCAAAAUGUACAUAGUUGUAUAGAUAUUUUUGAGGAAAGUUGUUUGCACAGAUGUUUGGUUUUUGAUAUGAGUGGCAUGGGUAUUGUUCAGUUUAAUGGCCAUUUACUGAAAAAUAAUGUGCAAUGAUAUUGUUCUUCUUAGACCUACCGUAGAUGUUACUGAUGCAAACGUGCGUUACAGUUUUUAAGUUUUCCAGAGUUUGAUAUGCAGGUGGCAUGCUUGUUUAAAUCCUUCUGUCUCAUUUGUUUUUGUCAGUUUUUAGGUCAUUCACCAUCAUAUUUUAAAAGGUACUUUUGCAAGAUGGGAAACAUACAUUGUUACAUAUGAAAUUAAAUAUAUUUAAAGAGAGAGUCAAAUGAAUUGCUAAAAGUGUUAUUUAUGAAGA